GCUCAUUGGUUUGUUUUGAACCGCUGCCUUGCUGCGGUGAAUUCAAAAGAGUCUGUCAGCACAGCAGCAUUCCAGCGGCAGUGCACACGGAGUACAUAAGAUACGAAGCGAGGCGCAGCCAGGCAACAAUGGAGGACUACUUGAAAAUAGAGAAAAUAGGAGAAGGUACAUAUGGGGUAGUGUAUAAGGGCAGGCACAAGGCCACCGGGCAGGUUGUGGCUAUGAAGAAGAUCCGUCUGGAGAGUGAAGAGGAGGGGGUUCCCAGCACUGCUGUCAGGGAGGUCUCUCUGCUACAGGAGCUGAAGCAUCCCAACGUCGUACGGUACGCUCGCUGUGUGUGGGGUUGA